AUGGACGCCAACGACCCUUUCUCGCCUUACCUCGAAGAAGCACUAAACUACAAAGCCGACCCGCUUCCUCGAGCAGAUGGACGUCCAGAGCCACUGAAACCUAAGCGGAUACCCUUAACCUUCCACGACCGUCAUCUCUCUCCUAAUCUUACGUGCCGUCGAGUAGUAGAAUUUCCGCAAAUUGCCCAGAUCUUAUCACAGGUUACCGAUAAAUCCAUUGCGUAUUAUCUUGCACACAAGAAAACAUUCCCAGUAGACGGGUUCUCGGUCUUGCCCAAGGAAUCCCUUCUUUCCAGGAUCGGAACUCUUGACGACGCUCGGAAUAUGAACAUUCGGUAUAAACGGACUGCGGGACACUUCAGUAGCUUGCUUGCGUCGCAUCUUUUUUAUGCAGGCCCCAUGCCGUGGACCAAUUUAUUCGAACUGGUUUGGCAGUACACGGAAAAUGACUUUUCUUCCGAGUCUACACUUAAUCUUUUUCCGGAGAGACUUGUUGUAAAUAACAGGGAUUCGGAGCCAAUUGCUCCGAAUGUGCAAAGUGUCGCUCCAGAAAAUCGAGACACUAUGCCAUAUCAAGUCAGGGCACUGCACGACGCUCAAAACAUAUUUCCGCAUGUUGCUCUCUGGCAUUUUCUCCCUCCUUCGCCAACGGGGAUGAUGAUUGUACGGCGAAUAUCUAGUGGAAUAUUUCUUUGGGAGACGUCUGGAACCAAAGGAUUAAAGAAUAUGCCGGAUAAUUCAGUGCCCGAAGAUGCUGGCAGGUCUCUGUGGGACCCCAAACUGAACAAUCUGAAAACACGACCUCCAUUCAGGAAUAGUGGGAUAGUCAAGAAGCCACGCCAUAUCACCAUCCCCCGAAAAGCCGACAAAUCUGUCAACAGUAGAGUCGACGUUGACCAGUACAUCCAACACGCGUGGGCGCGAGCUGUUGAAACCGACUCCACAUUUAUCGUUAUCAAUUGCGGCGUGUACGAGCGCAUUGGCAUUCGACAUAGAGCAUCGCAGACCCUAUUCAUCUCCCCCCUCAUCGACCCUACCAAGUGUAAUGAUCCUGCCUACGGGAAGUUACACAUUGGGCUCUACAUUGCCAUCGCAGAGGAUAUGAUUGACCGAUUUAUUAUUCAGUCGAAAAGACCUCCGCAAGUGAGCAGAACACUACCGGAUGUCUCCCCCGAUCAAGAAGGGCCAACGCAUAACUCUGUGCACUCCAGCCAUAAUGACCUACUACACGACAAUUCAAAUAUCAACGAUAGUAGUUCGAUCACACGAGAGAUACGGGAGAGGGAGGUGGCUUUGAUCACGCUGAAAUACGGGGUCUACUGUUCGCCCGUCCCAGCAACAUUCCUCCGCGUCCAACUGAACCCAUCUACCAACGCUGUGUCAACGAAAACCAAGUUUCUUCCCCAUGAAUGCCUUGAACUUGUCCUCGACCAACCAUUUGAGAACGUAUCCGCCAAAAAAUCUAUCCAUAAUGCAAAGCUUUUGGUCACUCUCAAUUCUGGAGAAGUGCUGCACCGUAAGCUUGUCGUAAAAUUGGCAUUUUCGCACGAGCAACGACAAGAAUUGCAGAAUGAAUAUAUGACUUACAAACAUAUGAGUCAGUUCGAGGAGAUUGAGCAGUAUUGUGUGCCCGUUCAUGGCUUAUUCGAAGACCAAGACUCGGAUACUCUCGCGAUGGUCAUGGAUUACGGUGGUAUAUCGCUUAGACAUUUAUACCAAUUAUAUCCUGCAUUGAAUCUCAGCCAUCCUUGGAUACUUGAACUUCACAUGUCUACUGCUUCAAAGCUACGCCACAUCCACGCAAAGGGAGUCCGACACCGUAAUUUAAGCCCCGAUAAAAUUCUAAUAGGGGAAGGGAAUAAAACCAAAAUCGUAGGAUUCGGUCGUGCGGUUGUUAGUGUUACGGACAGUCAGCAGAGCCGUACGGCCGAGGAAGAAGGGCAUGAAAAAUUUCUAUUUGACCGCGAGCUAGAACGCCUUUGGGCUGCAUUUGGUGGUUGGCACAAUUACCCGGAAUUUUGGGAUCCAGAUUAUUCUUGA